GCGCUAAACUGGACCGUGCAUGGACUCUUCUUAUUGUGAAAAUUGCAUUUUCAUUACUUAGCUAGCUAAUAUCUAGAGAAAGAUAUUGAUUACUGUAGUCAGACCACAAAGGUCCCUUUUACCAUCACUACGGUCUGGUAUGUAUAGUUGCCAACUUUGUGUGAUUGAAUGAUUGUGUAAACGAACGAACACACACAGGCUACAGUAUUUUCUGCUAGCUUAGCUAGUAGCUAGCUACCUAAUUUAGCAGCCACAGCAUCGGCAAACUAGGAAAUUGCUUGUUUUUUAAUGGUCAUUUCUUUUUUCUGAUAUAAUCACUUAUAAAUCAUGUUAUAAUGUGUGUGUAUCAUAUCUGUUUAAUCUUCCAUAACAGUGGAGUGAAAUGCGUUGUCAACACUUGCUUCAUUUAGCUAAAGUUCCCUAGCAGCCACACUGUCCAAGUCAAGUCAUGCCUGUCCUGCUUGUUCAACCCUGCGGGCUUGUAUCUUCCCGCCAGGAGUCGUUUACUGAACACUGAAUGUGUGUUGCAUGCAGUUACAAGUACAACUGCUAUUCUGUGAUCAUCCUACUUUCAGAAGUUAAAUGCUGUCUCUGCAGUUAGUUUUUUUACUAAUGUAUUUUUUUGACAGCAUUGCAAGGUGAGUUGUCUGAUGAAUCCGGCAGUAAUGAAUUGAUCAGUCAGACUAGCGGAGUUGUAGAAAUGUCCAGCUGGGAAGUGUGGUUAAGGUUUAAAAUCUUAUUUUAAGAAGAUAAAUUGUAAAUAAAAUAUAUAACACUGCAAUGUACUUCAAUACAUUGCAGUGUUAUAAUAAUAUUAUUAAGUGUCUGAGAUGAUCAUCCUUUUAGACUCAGCAGGGGUUUAUCACUAUCCAGGGGCCUGCCAAUCUUUAGAGAUUUAUACAGCCAAGUUCCAAAAGUAAAUAUGUUGUUUGCAAAACAGACGGACACAUUGUCAGCUGGUUGGCAAAAUAUAUGCAUUGGAGCCCUUAUGACUUGAAUGAAUGCUAUCAAAAGGAUAACAGCAAAUCAUUUAGGCUGCCUAGUCAUUGCUUCAAAUGCUAGGUCCCAUCAUGGUGUGUACAUCAAAGCCUUGCUAUAAAUAGUUAGGCUGUUACAUAGCCAGUCUUCUCCAUUUUAAAGUGAAUGACUUCAUUUGAUUGCAGUGCAGAAUAGUCUUGGGCUUUUUUGGGCCAGAAAAUAAGCAACUAUUUUUUUCUUCUGGUGUUUCCAAACCGUUAAUGCACCAAUAAGUUGCCUUUUGUGACCUAGUUGAGUGGUCUGUUACGCCCUUGCUCAAUGGCAGUCAGGUCUCCCUUAUGUAACCUGUCACAGCUUGGUUCUGUUUUGUAAAUGCCACAAUCACACAGCACUUGUUUCUGUAUUAGUUAGGCCAGUCAUAGUUAUAUGACCAGGGUCUCAUUCAAUUUUUGUCGAUCAUGUAAAGCUUCACUUACCACUUCUCAGUACAGUUUAUCCAGCUGUCAAUGUGAGGGGCCUGUAUGACAAAGGUCAGUGGUUUUGGUUACCUACUUGCUUUUAUGAUUGUCUGUUUAAGGUAGUGCCCCGUCCAUCCACCCAUCUGGAGACACACUACAGUGACACUACCCAAAUGGCACCCUAUUCCCUGAUCAGGGGUCAAAAGUAGUGCACUAAGUAAGGAAUAGGAUGCCAUUUGGGACAGACCGUGUCCCCCUGUGCUAUAUUUCAGACCAGAUGGUGUCAGCUUGGCUUCUAUGACUGUCUGGAAGGAUUAGAUAAUAAUGUGAGUUCUCUGGACCCUCUCUAAUUUUCGCAAGACAAGAACUACUCUAAAAUCAUAGUAGAAUAGAUUCAACUUCUCAAAGGCAUUUUUUUUUGUCUUGGUUGUGAUGUCAUGUGUAGCCUAUUUGAUCAAAUGUUGUAUGGUUGUAGUGAAACAUCUGGUUUAUGUAUCAUAAAUUUGAUAUACUUGAGUUUUGACCUAUGAAUCCAGUUGUUUGUGUAAGAAAAAGGACCAUGCCUAUCUACGGUGUUUCCCCUAUUCAUUUAGUAGCGGCUGCCCACUGCUGCUAAAUAGUUGUCUAUGACGGGAAGUCUAUGGGAACAGCUAUCCUUGCCACCACUGCUGAAAAAGAUCCUAUGGGAAACCGUCUACGAACAUCGUGGAUAUUGGUUUCUCAUCAUCCCUAUUUGUAUUUAACCUGAUGACAAGAAUCAUAUAGGAACUGUUUGUUUGGUUUAUCGUAUAAUAACUUUAAAACAAUAAACAUGGAAUAAUUACGUGGGACUUGCGAAGCAAAAGUCCAGACUUUAAAUCUUCGUCAUACUUCUUAUUUUUCUUGUGCUAACUACUCCUUACACCGUUUAAGCUAGAAAUGCCAUUCAAACUUUAAAAUGUGCAGACUGGUUUGGAAUAGUGUGCUUGCAUACAACUUUUUGAUAUUAUUUAUACUUUUUAAACAAUUUUUCAUUCACUUUAAUGUGACUUCUUUAAACAUUUGAAAGCUCCCCAUUUUGGCAUCAUCACUUCCAACUUCCAUUCACUGUAAAUGCAACUUUUGACACAAAUCAGCUACUUUGACCACUUUGCCAAACACUUACACAAAAAGUUAGAGGGUAUGAAAAAGUUAGAGGGUAUGACAUCUUGGUCUACUUCUCUGCUAUUCAAAUCUGGAAUCGGAACAGAAAUACCUUGUACAGAUCUAACGAUACAGCUGUUUUAGUAACCGCAUCAACAACUUUACGUCUUAAUUAUUUCAAACAACUGCAGUUUUGACCACUUUCCCAGCACUUUAGACAAAAACGUAAAGGGUAUGACAUCUUGGUGUACUUAUGUGCCAUUCAAAUCUGGAAAUAAGAACAGAAAUGUCUACUACCAAUCAAGAGGUACAGCUGUUUUAGUAACCACAUCAACUAAUUUAGCUAACUUCCCACUGUUGAAUUAACGGCCAUGGAACUUUUCAGAACUUUCAAAUUAUAAUGGAGCACAUUCUAAGCAUGAGACAGAGUAAACAUUGUGACUUUUGACACUAAUUGAUACCUUGACCACUUUUCUCAACAACGUGUUGUAGACAAAAGGGGUAUGGCACCUUUGUCUACUUCUCUGAUAUUCAAAUCUGAAAUCAGAACAGCAAUAACUACUACCAAUUCCCCCACACACACUCACACACCAUCCACACCAAUCUGUCCAACUGAACCUUGUUUUAUCCCUUUAGCCCUCCAACCAUUAGGUCUUCCAUCCCUGUAUCCUUACUUUAUUUAUCUAUCCAUUUAUCUGUGCUAUUUAUCGAUCCAGUCAUAACUUUCUUUUAACAGCUUUAUCCUUUUGAUUAAUAAAUUAAUGUGUGGUUGAUGUAAGGGAUAAAUGUUUGGGAUAAAAUCGUUUUUAAAUGUAUUUUAAACUUCAACAGUGCCUCGCCUCGUCUUCUGUAUUCUUAUUACAGUUUGCAUAGACUGUGGUAUUCUAGUAGGAGUGUAUACAAGUGUAGUAGGCUAGUCUGAGUGUAGUUAUUUGUGAUCUAACUGCCCCACAAUCCAAAGUAAUAAGGUUGAUAGACUACACUAUCAAAGUAAUCAGACAUAUUAUUUGACUAAAUUUAACUUUGACUAUAUUGAACUUCUUGGCUUAAGUAAAACAUUUUAAACUUCUUCCACUACCACAAAAAUAAAUAAAGUUCAAGCAAGUCCCACCAAUGUUUCUUCAUGGAAAGUUACCAUCUAGUUCCUGGCACCUACUACCAUACCCUGUUCAAAGGCACUUACAUUUUGUCUUGCCCAUUCACACUCUGAAUGGCACACUUACACAAUCCAUGUCUCAAUUGUCUCAAGGCUUAAUAAUCCUUCUUUAACCUGUCUCCUCCCCUUCAUCUACACUGAUUUUGAAGUGGAUUUAACAAGUGACAUCAAUAAGGGAUCUAAGCUUUCACCUGGUUUAACAUGUUCAGUCUAUGCCAUGGAAAAAGCAGGUGUUCUUAAUGUUUUGUAUACACAGUGUAUGAAUGGACAAAGUUACCGAUCACGUGACACCAUUCAUUCCUAUGUAAAGACUCAAUAGAGCAUUGAAGCCAAAUGAAGUACGUUAAGAUGGCGUCUCAUGGAGACAUAACAUGCGCAGUAAGUGACGUUGCAGGCUAGCUCAGUGCUGCUCCCUCUCAUUGAGUAACUGAAGUUGAAGGCUGACCGAGCUACUGCUGACUGCCAGUAGCUACUAAAUUAAUUAUCCUUAACUUCUUCUGUGUGCGAUUUUAAAAUAAUAGGUUCAAGGACACACAUCUGGUGUAAGAAGUAAUUAUUGGUACCAUGAUUGUCUUCGAUUUGUAUUUUUAUUUACACGAAGAUUGAUCACAAAUAUUGCAAUUAUUUUGUUCACUAUAAUGGGGGAUCCUGUUUAAACUUUAAUGAGAGGGGUCAGUCGUUCUCCCCUGGGUUGCCCCUAGUCUCACUGUACGUUGUUAGUGCUUAGAGGAAUAGAGGUUCUCACUGGCAGUCUCAGAUAAGAGACUGUCAAUUGGGUUCAUGUUGGUUUACUAUAGCCUGUAGCAGUACUAGGUGUGUGAACAAGCCAAGAGGAGCUGAUGGGAAUCUCAUUUCAAGUGGAGUAGUCCUUUGUAUGCCCGUGUAGCGGUAAAAGGGUGGAACUGUGAGAACUUGUGGCCCUGUUCAUGGUUCAUAGCUUUUUCAGUUACAUUUCCAUUUUCAGUUAGCCUACAUAACCAGGUUAGCCAGAGGCUGAAAUAAAAUCUCUCUGUAAAUUGGCCAUAGCCCCUCUCUCACCAUUCAGAGGAGAGCACGGAUAUAUGAGCGGCUCUGUGUACAAAACAAAAGGCUGCUUCUCAUCCACACCGUUUCCUAAUGAUGUUACUGUUCUGUUUACCUGAACUCAGUGACCUACUGGCCAGGUUAGGUGAGGUCAGAUGGUUAAUGUCACUAGGUCCUGUAGUCUGGGCUAAUCCUGGACCAGAUAACUUUGCUGGAAUUGUCCUUAAGUGUGAUUUGAGCGUAGGCCUUUCAACUCAACUGUCCGCUUGGGUCUUGUCAUAGUAAAGGUGUGUGUUUUUGUGCGUGCAGGUAUGUGUUUGAGGGAGAGAUUGAGACAUACAGCCAAGCAGCAUGCCCGCUGUGCUGCAAAGAUGUCCUCUUGGUAUUUAAUUAGUCUCUCACACUGAAAAAAUUGCAGAUUGCAAUUCCAGACUUGUUGUUGCUCAAUUAUUGGUUAAUGAUAUACCAAGAAAAGCACUAGAACUUAUCUUGAUUAUUCCUUGCGGCUGUGACUUUCUAAUACCAUUUGAACUGAAUUGUUGUUGCUAGUGCAUACACUGGAAAAGGCCAUAUAACAAUGUCUCAGACUGUGUCGGUCUCCUACAGGUUUGAACGGCCUAUGAACUGACGUCUAAAGACCUCAGCUCUGCUGUUGGAAUCCAGGUGAUUAUUAGCCUAUAGGCGUAUUAUUCAGUAUAGUUUUUUUUUUUUAGUAUACUAUAUUCACUAUAGUUUUUUUUGUUUAGUGUUGUGUACACUUUGUCUUCCCAGAACUAUAUAUUAUAAGACUUCUUCCUUCCCCACAUCAUUAUAAAUCUCUCUCUCAUUUUCCUGUUUGCUGUCUGUCAGAUUGAGCACCACCUCUUCCCCCCUGCCAGGCUGGUGAUGUAUGGACUUGUACAUGAUGAACUGUGAGCUUUUAGCAACGUGCAGUGCCCUCGGGUACCUGGAGGGAGACAUCUACCACAGAGAACCUGACUGUCUAGGUGAGCUGCUUCACACACUGGCUAACAACACUUGCUGGGCUAUAAACAAAGUGCUGAAGGUAGUACUGUGUACUUGGACCCAGUCUUGAUGUGAACUACUGUGUUUAGGGAGGAUUUACAGUAUAUUUACUGUCAAAGCAACUUAAGUUACUUGUAUUAAUCUGAGCUAGGCCUAACUGCACUAAAUAAGUAAUUUAAUUAAUGUAUAGGGCUUUUAUACGCACUGCAUGUGUAACCUCUGACCCUGUGUGUAUGUGUCCCCUGUAGAGAGUGUGAAGGACCUGAUCCGGUACCUGCGGCAUGAGGAUGACACGCGGGACACCCGUCAGCAGCUGGGGGCGGGCCAGAUCCUCCAGAACGACCUGCUGCCCAUAAUCACCCAGCACAGCCAGGACAAGGCCCUGUUUGAUGCCUGCAUCAGGUACACUAAGUUAAAUAGCUAGAACAUGUGUAAUGUAGUUCAUCCUCUAAACAGGUUGUUAGAAGCCUGGAUGGAUGUUGGAUAUUGGAUCUUGUGGGGUUGUGUUUUGGUUGGAGUGUGGUUCUUAUGCUGUCUCUGUUCCCCCACAGGCUUAUGGUCAACCUUACCCAACCUGCACUGCUCUGCUUCGGGAAAGUUCCAGAUGACCCCACUGUCAGACAUCACUUCCUGGAAGUGGUGUCCUGUUUACAGGCCUAUAAGGAGGUAGGUGUGGUGUCACUAUGGCUGUGUCCCAAAUGGCACCCUAUAAGGGCUGGGCGAUAUGGCCUAAAAAUCAUAUCUCCAUUUUUUUCAAACUUAUGGACGAUAUAUACAGUACCAGUCAAAAGUUUGGACACACCUACUCAUUCAAGGGUUUUUCAUUAUGUUUACUAUUUUCUACAUUGUAGAAUAAUAGUGGACAUCAAAACUAUGAAAUAACAUAUGGAAUCAAGUAAUAACCAAAAAAGCAGCAAACAAGUGCUCAGCAUAUGUGGGAACUCCUUCAAGAUUGUUGGAAAAGUAUUCCUCAUGAAGCUGGUUGAGAGAAUGCCAAGAGUGUGCAAAGCUGUCAUCAAGGCAAAGGGUGGCUACUUUGAAGAAUCUCAAAUAUAAAAUAAAUGUAGAUUUGUUUAACACUUUUUUGCUUACUACAUGAUUCCAAAUGUGUUAUUUCAUAGGUUUGAUGUCUACACUAUUAUUCUUUAAUGUAGAAAAUAGUAAAAAUAAAGGAAAACCCUGGAAUGAGUAGGUGUCAACUUUUGACUGGUAGUGUGUGUGUGUGUAUACAGUGGGGAGAACAAGUAUUUGAUACACUGCCGAUUUUGCAGGUUUUCCUACUUACAAAGCAUGUAGAGGUCUGUAAUUUGUAUCAUAGGUACACUUCAACUGUGAGAGACGGAAUCUAAAACAAAAAUCCAGAAAAUCACAUUGUAUGAUUUUUAAGUAAUUAAUUUGCAUUUUAUUGCAUGACAUAAGUAUUUGAUACAUCAGAAAAGCAGAACUUAAUAUUUGGUACAGAAACCUUUGUUUGCAAUUACAGAGAUCAUACGUUUCCUGUAGGUCUUGACCAGGUUUGCACACACUGCAGCAGGGAUUUUGGCCCACUCCUCCAUACAGACCUUCUCCAGAUCCUUCAGGUUUCGGGGCUGUCGCUGGGCAAUACGGACUUUCAGCUCCCUCCAAAGAUUAUCUAUUGGGUUCAGGUCUGGAGACUGGCUAGGCCACUCCAGGACCUUGAGAUGCUUCUUACGGAGCCACUCCUUAGUUGCCCUGGCUGUGUGUUUCGGGUCGUUGUCAUGCUGGAAGACGUUGUUGGCCAAGAUCUCGCGAUACAUGGCCCCAUCCAUCCUCCCCUCGAUACGGUGCAGUCGUCCUGUCCCCUUUGCAGAAAAGCAUCCCCAAAGAAUGAUGUUUCCACCUCCAUGCUUCACGGUUGGGAUGGUGUUCUUGGGGUUGUACUCAUCCUUCUUCUUCCUCCAAACACGGCGAGUGGAGUUUAGACCAAAAAGCUAUAUUUUUGUCUCAUCAGACCACAUGACCUUCUCCCAUUCCUCCUCUGGAUCAUCCAGAUGGUCAUUGGCAAACUUCAAACGGGCCUGGACAUGCGCUGGCUUGAGCAGGGGGACCUUGCGUGCGCUGCAGGAUUUUAAUCCAUAACGGCGUAGUGUGUUACUAAUAGUUUUCUUUGAGACUGUGGUCCCAGCUCUCUUCAGGUCAUUGACCAGGUCCUGCCGUGUAGUUCUGGGCUGAUCCUUCACCUUCCUCAUGAUCAUUGAUGCCCCACGAGGUGAGAUCUUGCAUGGAGCCCCAGACCGAGGGUGAUUGACCGUCAUCUUGAACUUCUUCCAUUUUCUAAUAAUUGCGCCAACAGUUGUUGCCUUCUCACCAAGCUGCUUGCCUAUUGUCCUGUAGCCCAUCCCAGCCUUAUGCAGGUCUACAAUUUUAUCCCUGAUGUCCUUACACAGCUCUCUGGUCUUGGCCAUUGUGGAGAGGUUGGAGUCUGUUUGAUUGAGUGUGUGGACAGGUGUCUUUUAUACAGGUAACAAGUUCAAACAGGUGCAGUUAAUACAAUAUUAAUACAAUAAAUAAAAUGCAAAUUAAUUACUUAAAAAUCAUACAAUGUGAUUUUCUGGAUUUUUGUUUUAGAUUCCGUCUCUCACAGUUGAAGUGUACCUAUGAUAAAAAUUACAGACCUCUACAUGCUUUGUAAGUAGGAAAACCUGCAAAAUCGGCAGUGUAUCAAAUACUUGUUCUCCCCACUGUAUGUGUAUAUACAGUGGGGAAAAAAAGUAUUUAGUCAGCCACCAAUUGUGCAAGUUCUCCCACUUAAAAAUAUGAGAGAGGCCUGUAAUUUUCAUCAUAGGUACACGUCAACUAUGACAGACAAAUUGAGCAUUUUUUUUCCAGAAAAUCACAUUGUAGGAUUUUUAAUGAAUUUAUUUGCAAAUUAUGGUGGAAAAUAAGUAUUUGGUCACCUACAAACAAGCAAGAUUUCUGGCUCUCACAGACCUGUAACUUCUUCUUUAAGAGGCUCCUCUGUCCUCCACUCGUUACCUGUAUUAAUGGCACCUGUUUGAACUUGUUAUCAGUAUAAAAGACACCUGUCCACAACCUCAAACAGUUACACUCCAAACUCCACUAUGGCCAAGACCAAAGAGCUGUCAAAGGACACCAGAAACAAAAUUGUAGACCUGAACCAGGCUGGGAAGACUGAAUCUGCAAUAGGUAAGCAGCUUGGUUUGAAGAAAUCAACUGUGGGAGCAAUUAUUAGGAAAUGGAAGACAUACAAGACCACUGAUAAUCUCCCUCGAUCUGGGGCUCCACGCAAGAUCUCACCCCGUGGGGUCAAAAUGAUCACAAGAACGGUGAGCAAAAAUCCCAGAACCACACGGGGGGACCUAGUGAAUGACCUGCAGAGAGCUGGGACCAAAGUAACAAAGCCUACCAUCAGUAACACACUACGCCGCCAGGGACUCAAAUCCUGCAGUGCAAGACGUGUCCCCCUGCUUAAGCCAGUACAUGUCCAGGCCCGUCUGAAGUUUGCUAGAGGGCAUUUGGAUGAUCCAGAAGAGGAUUGGGAGAAUGUCAUAUGGUCAGAUGAAACCAAAAUAGAACUUUUUGGUAAAAACUCAACUCGUCGUGUUUGGAGGACAAAGAAUGCUGAGUUGCAUCCAAAGAACACCAUACCUACUGUGAAGCAUGGGGGUGGAAACAUCAUGCCUUGGGGCUGUUUUUCUGCAAAGGGACCAGGACGACUGAUCCGUGUAAAGGAAAGAAUGAAUGGUGCCAUGUAUCGUGAGAUUUUGAGUGAAAACCUCCUUCCAUCAGCAAGGGCAUUGAAGAUGAAACGUGGCUGGGUCUUUCAGCAUGACAAUGAUCCCAAACACACCGCCCGGGCAAUGAAGGAGUGGCUUCGUAAGAAACAUUUCAAGGUCCUGGAGUGGCCUAGCCAGUCUCCAGAUCUCAACCCCAUAGAAAAUCUUUGGAGGGAGUUGAAAGUCCGUGUUGCCCAGAGACAGCCCCAAAACAUCACUGCUCUAGAGGAGAUCUGCAUGGAGGAAUGGGCCAAAAUACCAGCAAGUGUGUGAAAACCUUUUGAAGACUUACAGAAAACGUUUGACCUGUGUCAUUGCCAACAAAGGGUAUAUAACAAAGUAUUGAGAAACUUUUGUUAUUGACCAAAUACUUAUUUUCCACCAUAAUUUGCAAAUAAAUUCAUAAAUCCUACAAUGUGACUUUCUGGAUUUUUUUUCUUCUCAUUUUGUCUGUCAUAGUUGACGUGUACCUAUGAUGAAAAUUACAGGCCUCUCAUCUUUUUAAGUGGGAGAACUUGCACAAUUGGUGGCUGACUAAAUACUUUUUUCCCCCACUGUAUAUUAGUCAACAAUACACUGCAUUUCAAACAGUCAGGAAUAAUCUAAUGAAUUCAGGGCUUGUAAAAAGUAUACAUAGGCUAAAUAUAAGCCUCCAACCAUAAGACCACUAAUAAUUAAAUUAUUUUAUAAAAAUUCGUUUAACCUGCUCUUUUGCCAUAGUCUCUGAUCUGUCUUUCAAGUCUGUCUAUGAAAAUGCCCUUUUUGUUACAAAUCUAACCAGAACCAUGCACAAUGCACAUCCACUAAUAAUGACUAACUUCUGGGAGCAGGCAUUAUAGAAAAUUAACACAGGUCUCAUAAACAAUCUCUCAAGCACAAGCCCACUGCUAGUGAGUAGCCAGAUAAUCUUUAUAUUUAAAGUAUAGCCAACUUGGAUCUAUUUGCUUGCUAACAAGGUAGAACAGUUGAACUGUUAUGAAUACACCCUCCUGUCAGUCUCCAACGGUUUGAACAACAUAGCCUGUUGACUUUGUUUACAUGUUGAAAUCAAGUGGAUAAGAAAAUGCUUAUUUCUCAGAAUGAGAACGUGUUGCCAAUUCCUUAUACAAAUACAUAUUUAUAUGCUCAUUGCACAUUUUAUAAAACACAGAUUAGACAGCUAUACUGAUUUUAAAUAUAAACGCAACAUGCAACAAGUUCAAAGAUGUUACUGAGUUACAGUUCAUAUAAGGAAAUCAGUCAAUUGAAAUGAAUUAAUUAGGCCCUAAUCUAUGGAUUUCACAUGACUGGGAAUACAGAUAUGCAGUUUUGUCACACAACACAAUGCCACAGAUGUCUCAAGUUUUGAGGGAGCAUGCAAUUGGCAUGCUGACUGCAGGAAUGUCCACCAGAGCUGUUGCCAGAUAAUUGAAUGUUCAUUUCUACCAUAAGCUGCCUCCAACAUCGUUUAAAGAAAUGUGUAAUCACGCCUGCCCAGGACCUCCACAUCUGGCUUCUUCACCUGUGGGAUCGUCUGAGGGGGGUUGUGGGGUACUGAGGAGUAUUUCUGUCUGUAAUAAAGCCCUUUUGUGGAGAAAAGCUCAUUCUGAUUGGCUGGGCCUGGCUCCCAAGUGGGUUGGCCUAUGCCCUCCUAGGCCCACCCAUGGCUGCACCCCAGCCCAGUCAUGUGAAAUCCAUAGAUUAGGGCCUAAUGAAUUUAUUUCAAUUGACUGAUUUCCUUUAAUGAACUGUAACUCAGUAAAAUCUUUGAAAUUGUUGCAUGUUGCAUUUAUAUUUUUGUUCAGUAUAAUUUGAUGUAUAUCGCCCAGCCCUACACUGUAUUCCCUUUAUAGUGCACUACCUUUUACCAGAGCCCUAUACCAUUUGGGACGCAUCCUCUGUGAUUAUCUAUUUGAGCCCACUCUAAGGGGGAAGAAUGGAGGAGUACGGUAUGAUUGUAUGUAGCAGUAUAAUAUGUAUGGUUGACUUGUCUCCUUAUGUCUCUCCCUGUCCUCAGGCCUUUGCCAAUGAAAAGGUGUUUGGAGUUCUGAGUGAGACCCUGUACAACCUGCUGCAACUGGUGAGUGUUGCACUUUCAGACUACCACACCAGAGUCCCCCACAAAUAAUCCUGGUCUUUUCCAAAAAAGAGUGAGAAACGUUAGCCGUGUGUUAAAUUAUUCUCUCUCCCCUUAUCUGCUUCUCUUCUCUCUCUCUGUGGGUCAGGACUGGGAGCAGAGGCAGGAGGAGGACAACCUGCUGAUUGAGAGGAUUCUGCUGCUGGUCAGGAAUGUACUGCAUGUCCCCGCUGACCCCUACGAGGAGAAGGUCAGAGUUCACUGUGUCAGGUCGUGCUGUGACCCCGUUCAGUACAUUCCCAGGCAGCAGCUCCUGCUGAGUUUUUUUAGCCUUGCUUCAUCUGUCCAUCUCUCACCGUAUUGAACGCUCUCUUUUUCUCACUGUGUCUUGUCUGUUUUCCUACCUUUCACUACUCCCCCUCCUUUCUCUUGCCUCUCUUCUUUCCAUCUCUCUCUCUCUCUCUCUCUCUCCAUCUACCUAUCCCCUUUUUCCUCUCCCUAUCCCCUCCCAAUCUCCUAUCCUUUUCUGCUUCCUCCCUCCUUUCUCCUCUGGUAUGGCUGUAGAACGUGGAUGAUGAUGCCAGUGUGCAUGACAAGCUGCUGUGGGCCAUCCACAUGAGUGGUCUGGACGACCUGAUCAAGUUCCUGGCCUCUGCACAGAGCGAGCAGCAGUGGAGCAUGCAUGUGCUGGAGGUCAUCUCCCUCAUGUUCAGAGACCAGGUGAGACCAGAGAGGGAGACACCUGGGCCCAUAUCCAUAACGUGUCUCAGAGUAGGAUUGCUGAUCUAGGACUAGGUACCUGUCCGUGUAAUCUAAUGCAUUAUGAUCUAAAAGGCUGAGAAUUCAUUAAUCAAACAUUCCAGCUUCUCCUACACCCAAUGUGGCUGCCAAUACACAGCCCGCAGAAUAUUACUUUUAAUGAAAGGGUCCGUUCUAUUGAUUCUGAUUCUAUGUUCUCCCUCCCUGUAGACGCCGGAGCUCCUGGUGAGUGCGGGUCAGGCUCGUUCAGCUCAGGAGAAACAGAGAGAUGCCCAGGAGCUGGAGGCUCUACGACAGAAAGAGCAGGCGGAGAAACGCAGCCGCACCCUCCAGAGAGGAACCAGGUAACCACCGAUUUCAGGGCACUUUUUUGUCAGUGAGACAUGCUCUUUAGAGGUAGAUUAGAUACAAACUGACCUCAGAGCAGUUGAAGAGAGUGUGACAUGCUGUAGAGCACAGGAGGUUGGUGGCACCUUAAUUGGGGAGGACAGGAUCGUCGUAAUUGCUGGAGCGGAAUAGGUGGAAUGGAAUCAAAUACAGCAAACACAUGGUUUCCUUGUGUUUGAUACCAUUCCAUUCUCUCCGUUCCAGCCAUUAUUAUGAGCCGUCCUCCCCUCAGCAGCCUCCACUGCUCUAGAGAGAUGCCAGGUUAAAAGACAUGUGAUUUGCAAUGCUUUCCUAUUGUCUGAUGCCUUUCCCUCUCCUUCAGACACUCUCGCUUUGGAGGCUCGUAUGUGGUUCAGGGACUCAAGUCCAUUGGCGAGAAAGACGUGAUCUACCACCGAGGCCUUCACAACGUGAGUGUGAAAUCCUGGAGCAGUGCCCUAAAAUUGUAUUACCACGGAGUUGGCAUUUGAAGCAGAAAUCCUAGAUAAAGGUCAAAGCCAUUUUAAGGAAUGGAAAAAACAACAUUUGCAUUGCCAAGCUGAAAUGUCAAGUAGUUAAAUCUGUCCUUACUCGUUAUCCUACCGGUCCCUACUUACAUGUCUUUGGUCUUUUUCUCCUAGUUCAAAAACUACACCCACGAUGAAGGCAAGGCGGUGAGACGUGUGCCCAAGCGGAAGCUGCGCGCUCGGGACUCGGAGGGCAAACGCCGCUCAGCCCUCAACGUGCGCCUCUUCCUGCGUGAGUUCUGCGUGGACUUCCUGGAGAACUGCUACAACCGCCUCAUGUACCUGGUCAAGGUGAGGAGAAUGGGUCACAACACUACAUGAUGGCCCAAAAAAUGACUAUCACACUGGAGGGGGUGUACUGCCCAAGAUAGGGUGUGCGUCGCAAUAAUCUCUCCUUCCUCCUGAAGUGUCUACUCGUUCAUUACUCACAUAUUUAAAAGCUUUGGAUUGGUGUUGGCAUGGCCUAGAGCAGUGGUAUUCAAAGUUGGGGUCAGUGGGGUCGUCAAGAUUUAAUGUUGCAAUAUGUAACUUUUUGUGAGACGUGACCAAAUUCGCAUAGAAAUCUGAGUUAUAGAUCUGUCAUUCUUGUUGCAAGCAAGUUUAAGACAUGGUAGAUCUGUUUUAUGUGCCCUAUUUCUAUGCUUCCCGUUCGUAAUUGUUUUUGCGUCUUACUUUCUUUUUUGUACACAAGCUUCAAACAGCUGAAAAUACGAUAUUUGGGGUUAUUGAAAAGACAUCGAGGAGUGAUUUCUGCAUAUUGCACCUUUUUUUAAAGAAAAAAAAUACAAUUUUAUUGUGUAAAUAUAUUUAUUGGUUUCUUUUAGAUGAAAACGUAAAAAAUAUAGUAAUUUACCGAUUUUAUUUGUUUUUAUUUAAUAAAAUAAAACACUUUUUUUUGGGGGGGGGGGGGGGGGGGGGGGGUCACGAGAAAUUAUUGGGGGAAAAAUUUGGUUCCCGCUUAAAAAGUUUGGAUAACACUGGCCUAGAGGGAGUUCCAUAUACCAGUCUUUUUUUUUUUUUUUUUAUCCUUGAAGGGAAGUGAACAAGUGCACACUGUGGAGAAAGGAGAGAUUGUUGGUACACAAGGACUCUGUGACUAAUUCUGAAAGAUUCAAAAUAACCAUAUUUUCCUGGGAGUUGCUGUAUAACACUGUGGAUCCAGUUCAAUCCAAAUUGAGUUACUGGGUUUCCUGGCCCAGUCAAAAGCAACAUUCUUCCUGCACUGCGAGAAGGCAUGUUUGGAUGGUGAAAUAAUGUAAUUUUUUUAAACUUCAUCCCAGAAACUCAGUUACCACAUUUUGACUGAAUAAAGCGCUGUCUUGUUGCACAAGAUAGAAUUAUUCACAAUUGUGGUUUGAGGCCUGUUUAGCCACAGCGGUCACAUUAGACUCUCAAUCCUAUCUAUGCAAACAGAUCUGAUCUCAGUGCAGUUUGCUACAGCACUCACAGCUGGUCUCUCUGUCUGGUUCCACAGGAGGGACUGAUCAGGGAACAGGCGCAGCAGCACGACGAGACCUACUACCUCUGGGCCCUCAGCUUCUUCAUGGCCUUUAACCGCGGCAAUGGUUUCCGUGCCGACCUGGUCUCCGAGACAAUGUCCAUCCGUGCCUUCCACUUCAUUGAGCGCAACAUCACCAACUACUACGAGAUGAUGCUCACCGACCGCAAGGAGGCCACGUCCUGGUCCCGUAGGUGGGUGUGGCAAACUAGGUUACUAUUGUUUUAAGGGAGCCAUGUUGGCACUAAAAGUUUGAAGUCUAAUUAGAAUGUUAUCAUCAUGGACCAUUUGGAGCCCACAUGGAGGAUGGCUUAUACAUUUCUGUGCAUCUCUGGUUUUGAACGUGUAAGAAAUAAAUUUUUGCGUGUUUCUUUCAGGAUGCACCUGGCUCUGAAGGCGUACCAGGAGCUGCUGCUGACGGUGAACGAGAUGGACCGCUCCCGAGACGAGAACAUCAGACAGAGCGCCAACGUCAUCAAGAGUGAGACACUCUUACUCUCUUCUCUCCUCGUCUUGUCGUUUCCUCUUCUCUUCUUUGUUUCCUCUUUCAUUAUUUUUCUAAACUAAACAUCUAAAUCCUUUGUCUCCCCUCCAGGUAACAUUUUCUACCUGAUGGAGUACAGGGAGAUCUUCUUGACCCUGCUGAGGAAGUUUGAUGAGACCAAGCAGCCGUGCACAUUCCUCAGGGACCUGGUGGAGUCCACCCACCUCUUCCUGCGCAUGCUGGAGCGCUUCUGCAAGGGACGCAACAACCUGGUGGUGCAGGUCAGCCUCACUCUACUCACAGACAGAUAGGGGCCACUAGAGGGGUGAAAAGAAUAAGUGCAAGGUGAUAUUUUGUCAAAUAGUGAAGUUGAUGAACUUUCUGUUUCUGAAAACAGUGAUUAUUGUUGACUUGAACAUACAUCAAAUGACAGCCCAGCAGUUUGUUAUUUAGAAAAUUAAUGAACAACAAAGUUACACAUGGGUAUCUGGCUAAAUAUCAAUUCAGUUCCACUUCAUAUGAUUUAUUUAUCUUCACCUCCAUUAUAAUAAUAAUAAUAAUAAUAAUAUGCCAUUUAGCAGACGCUUUUAUCCAAAGCGACUCACAGUCAUGCGUGCAUACAUUUUUGUGUAUGGGUGGUCCCGGGGAUCGAACCCACUACCUUGGCGUUACAAGCGCCGUGCUCUACCAGCAGAGCUACAGAGGACCAUUAUCCUGUACUGCACCUGUACACAGCCCAUCUGAAAUUAGCCCACCCAACUACCUCAUCCCCAUAUUGUUAUUUAUUUUGCUCAUUUGCACCCCAGUAUCUCUAUUUGCACAUCAUCUCUUGCACAUCUAUCAUUCCAGUGUUAAUACUAAUUGUAAUUAUUUUGCACUAUAGCCUAUUUAUUGCCUUACCUCCAUAACUUGCUACAUUUGCACACACUGUAUAUAUAUUUUCUGUUGUAUUUUUGACUUUAUGUUUUGUUUACCCCAUAUGUAACUCUGUGUUGUUUUUAUCGCACUGCUUUGCUUUAUCUUGGCCAGGUCGCAGUUGUAAAUGAGAACUUGUUCUCAACUGGCUUACCUGGUUAAAUAAAGGUGAAAUAAAAUAAAUAAAUACAAAAAUCCAACUCUGCUUUCCUCCUCCUGCAGAAGAAGCGUGUGAAGCGUAAGAAGUCUAACCGCCGGAAAAAUCCGACUGCAGCAGAGACCACCUCCGAGGCACUGGAGGAGACAUGGGGGGCCGUGGCAGAGGAGCUGAGGGCCACCAGCUUUCAGGUCAUUGUUGGGGAUCAGCCUUAGGGAUCAGCCAGGGGACAGUUAACACGUGGAGCAGCUAGCUUGUCUUGUCUACUCACCAGACUCCAUUCCAUUUACUGAGGCAGAUUGUUGCUUGGCGCCUUCAUGGCUUCAUGUUGUAGCAUUACACUGUUAACAGACAGCUAGGGAAGAGUUCAUGGGUGCAUCUCAGUUGUCUAAAGUGGCUUCCUCUCCUUGUCUCGUUUCCUUCAUAAUAUUCACUGGUCGGAAAGAGCUGGACCGGUGAAAGCAAAUUCCAAAUGCCAUAUUGGUUUCCCGUAUUGUAUGUGUAGAGGAAUACUGUUAUAUCUAUUGAGCUGCAGCCCUAGUGUGUUGCUGUCAGUACGUGUACGAGUGCUAAAUCUGGGUCUGUGUGGCUGCAGUUGUCGGAGGCUCUGACAGAGAGCGCUGUGCCAUUUGACGCUGCAUCUGAGACUCCCCUGGAGGAGCAGAGGACUGAGGCCAUGGUGCGUGUCCAGGAUGCCCUGCUCAACAGACAGGGCCCUGAGGCUCUGGGCCUGCUACGAGCCGCGAGGUCAGUCACACACUCAAUCUGACUCUGCUCCCAUAGACUUCUUUUGGGAAAGUCGGUUAUAGAUGCAUCUGCCAUUGAACACUACUAUAUAUAUAUUUUUGUUUUAUGUACAUACGGUAGUGCUUUUCUUAAACUCAAAGUGCCCUACAUCCACGUGGGUCCACCAAUAGUCAAAACAGCAUCUUGCUCUGAGCCCACUUUUUGAGCCAUUGACUUAGCAAUAACAAAAAUGAUGGUUGUCAUAAAUCAUAAUUCUCUCUCUAUAUUUCUAUUCAUAGGGAGGUGUGGCCAGAGGGAGAUGUGUUUGGUUCAGCUGAUGUGGAGCCAGAGGAGGAACUGGAGCUCCUCAAACAGAUCCUCAUUGCCAACCUGCCCAGUGAGUGUCUGUCUGUGGUACUGUUGUAGUACUCGAGUCCAGGACUCUGACUCGACUCUGACUCGAUUCACAAUUUUCAUGACUCGUGACUCGACUAGGACUCGGCCAGUGGUGACUCUAAUUAAACAUACUAGCUACAACAGAAAAUGUUAUAUAGCUGUAUUAUGUAGUUAGCCUUACAAAUGUGCAACAAUGUAAUAAAAUGUACCUUUUAAAAAUGGUUGUACUGCAGCUUUUAGCACUACCAAGUGACUCGAGUAUAAAGGACUUGGACUCGAGAUUUAGUGACUUGACUAAAUCACUGGUCUGUGGGACUUUAUAAAACAUGGAAUCAAUAUGAUUUAAUCUGACAUGUGUACAGUAGCAGAUGCAUUAAUAUCUACUAAAAUAAAGUAGAUUAAGAAACACUGUUUUUGUUUUGUUUUGAGGGCCACCUCCCCCUGAACCUGGGAUGGAGGAGGAGGAUGGCGAGGAGGAGGAGGAGGAGGAGGAGCUGGAAUCUGUACGCGUGUCUGAGACAGAGUUCAACUUCCUGGACUUCAUCAAGAGGUGAGGGACACAAAUUCAGUGUUUACAGUACACUUGCUCUCAGAUUUGCAUCACCAGUGUCCUGAAUGUGAAGAACUGGAGAUUAUUUUAUUUUUAUAAAACAGAACGUUAAAACUAUAAUAAAUAAGCCCCAGACACUCCAUUUGCCGUUUGAUAACACUGACCGUUUUAACUCUUCACUGUCCAAUGUGCCCCGCCUACCAGGUUUGCCAACCCCAACAUCGUGCGUCCCUACCUGCUCCUGCUCCGGUCCUACUCCCAGAACACCCCUCACACCAACCACUGCAUCACGCGCCUGCUACACCGCCUGGCCGUCGACCUUAAGAUGGACGCCCUGCUCUUCCAGCUUUCUGUCUUCUGCCUCUUUAACAAGAUCCUAGGAGACCCUGCCGCCGCUGCCUAUAAGGUCCUGUUCAUUAAAUCAAAUCAAAUCAAAUUUUAUUGGUCACAUGCGCCGAAUACAACAGGUGCAGACAUUACAGUGAAAUGCUUACUUACAGCCCUUAACCAACAGUGCAUUUAUUUUAAACAAAAAAGUAAGAAUAAAACAACAACAAAAAAGUGUUGAGAAAAAAAGAGCAGAAGUAAAAUAAAGUGACAGUAGGGAGGCUAUAUAUACAGUAAAAUAAAGUGACAGUAGGGAGGCUAUAUAUACAGGGGGGUACCGUUGCAUAGUCAAUGUGCGGGGGCACCGGCUAGUUGAGGUAGUUGAGGUAAUAUGUACAUGUGGGUAGAGUUAAAGUGACUAUGCAUAAAUACUUAACAGAGUAGCAGCAGCGUAAAAAGGAUGGGGUGGGGGGGCAGUGCAAAUAGUCCGGGUAGCCAUGAUUAGCUGUUCAGGAGUCUUAUGGCUUGGGGGUAGAAGCUGUUGAGAAGUCUUUUGGACCUAGACUUGGCACUCCGGUACCGCUUGCCGUGCGGUAGCAGAGAGAACAGUCUAUGACUAGGGUGGCUGGAGUCUUUGACAAUUUUGAGGGCCUUCCUCUGACACCGCCUGGUAUAAAGGUCCUGGAUGGCAGGGAGCUUUGCCCCAGUGAUGUACUGGGCCGUACGCACUACCCUCUGUAGUGCCUUGCGGUCAGAGGCCAAGCAGUUGCCAUACCAGGCGGUGAUGCAACCAGUCAGGAUGCUCUCGAUGGUGCAGCUGUAGAAUUUUUUGAGGAUCUGAGGACCCAUGCCAAAUCUUUUUAGUCUCCUGAGGGGGAAUAGGCUUUGUCGUGCCCUCUUCACGACUGUCUUGGUGUGUUUGGACCAUGAUAGUUCGUUGGUGAUGUGGACACCAAGGAACUUGAAGCUCUCAACCUGUUCCACUACAGCCCCGUCGAUGAGAAUGGGGGCGUGCUCAGUCCUCUUUUUUUUCCUGUAGUCCACGAUCAGCUCCUUUGUCUUGGUCACGUUGAGGGAGAGGUUGUUGUCCUGGCACCACACGGCCAGAUCUCUGACCUCCUCCCUAUAGGCUGUCUCAUCGUUGUCGGUGAUCAGGCCUACCACUGUUGUGUCGUCGGCAAACUUAAUGAUGGUGUUGGAGUCGUGCCUGGCCAUGCAGUCAUGGGUGAACAGAGAGUACAGGAGGGGACUGAGCACGCACCCCUGAGGGGCCCCCGUGUUGAGGAUCAGUGUGGCAGAUGUGUUGUUACCUACCCUUACCACCUGGGGGCGGCCCGUCAGGAAGUCCAGGAUCCAGUUGCAGAGGGAGGUGUUUAGUCCCAGGAUCCUUAGCUUAGUGAUGAGCUUAGAGGGCACUAUGGUGUUGAAUGCUGAGCUGUAGUCAAUGAAUAGCAUUCUCACGUAGGUGUUCCUCUUGUCCAGGUGGGAAAGGGCAGUGUGGAGUGCGAUAGAGAUUGCAUCAUCUGUGGAUCUGUUGGGGCGGUAUGCAAAUUGGAGUGGGUCUAGGGUUUCUGGGAUUAUGCUGUUGAUGUGAGCCAUGACCAGUCUUUCAAAGCACUUCAUGGCUACAGACGUCAGUGCUACGGGUCGGUAGUCAUUUAGGCAGGUUAUCUUAGAGUUCUUGGGCACGGGGACUAUGGUGGUCUGCUUGAAACAUGUUGGUAUUACAGACUCAGUCAGGGACAUGUUGAAAAUGUCAGUGAAGACACUUGCCAGUUGGUCAGCACAUGCUCGGAGUACACGUCCUGGUAAUCCGUCUGGCCCUGCGGCCUUGUGAAUGUUGACCUGCUUAAAAGUCUUACUCACAUCGGCUACGGAGAGCGUGAUCACAUAGUCGUCCGGAACAGCUGGUGCUCUCAUGCAUGCUUCAGUGUUGCUUGCCUCGAAGCGAGCAUAGAAGUGGUUUAGCUCGUCUGGUAGGCUUGUGUCACUGGGCAGCUCGCGGCUGUGCUUCCCUUUGUAGUCUGUAAUAGUUUUCAAGCCCUGCCACAUCCGACGAGCGUCAGAGCCAGUGUAGUAUGAUUCAAUCUUAGACCUGUAUUGACUCUUUGCCUGUUUGAUGGUUCGUCGGAGGUCAUAGCGGGAUUUCUUAUAAGCGUCCGGGUCCCGUUCCUUGAAAGCGGCAGCUCUACCCUUUAGCUCAGUGCGGAUGUUUCCUGUAAUCCAUGGCUUCUGGUUGGGGUAUGUACGUACGGUCACUGUGGGGACGACAUCAUCGAUGCACUUAUUGAUGAAGCCAGUGACUGAUGUGGUGUACUCCUCAAUGCUGUCUGAAGAAUCCCGGAACAUGUUCCAGUCUGUGCUAGCAAAACAGUCCUGUAGCUUAGCAUCUGCGUCAUCUGACCACUUUUUUUAUUAGCCGAAUCACUGGUGCUUCCUGCUUCAGUUUUUGCUUAUAAGCAGGAAUCAGGAGGAUAGAGUUAUGGUCAGAUUUGCCAAAUGGAGGGCGAGGGAGAGCUUUGUAUGCGUCUCUGUGUGUGGAGUAAAGGUGGUCUAGAGUUUUUUCCCCUCUGGUUGCACAUUUAACAUGCUGGUAGAAAUGAGGUAGAACGGAUUUAAGUUUCCCUGCAUUAAAGUCCCCGGCUACUAGGAGCGCUGCAUCUGGAUGAGCGUUUUCCUGUUGAUUAAUGGCCUUGUACAACUCAUUCAGUGCAAUCUUAAUGCCAGCAUUGGUUUGUGGUGGUAAAUAGACAGCUAUGAAAAAUAUAGAUGAAAACUCUCUUGGUAAAUAGUGUGGUCUACAGCUUAUCAUAAGAUACUCUACCUCAGCGAGCAAAACCUCGAGACUUCCUUAGUAUUUGAUUUUGUGCACUAGCUGUUGUUUACAAAUAUACACAGACCGCCGCCCCUUGUCUUACCAGAGUCAGACGUUCUGUCCUGCCGAUGUAGCGUAUAGCCUGCUAGCUGAAUGUUGUCAUUGUUGUCGUUCAGCCACGACUCCGUGAAACAUAAGAUAUUACAGUUUUUAAUGUCCCGUUGGUAGGAUAACCGUAAUCUUAAAUCGUCCAUUUUAUUCUCAAAAGCUUGAACGUUGGCUAAUAGGAUUGAUGGGAGAGGCAGUUUACUCGUUCGCCGUCGGAUCCUUACAAGGCACCCGGAUCUGCGUCCACGAUAUCUCCGUCUCUUCCUCACGCGAAUGACGGGGAUCUGGGCCUUGUAGGGAACACCAUAGCAAAAUGUUCAGGUAGUCCCUCCCUGUUUCAAUCUGUUUUCUCCCGUUUGGUGCCUAAUGAAUGAACCUGAACCACCAAGACACCAGGGUAGAUGGGUGUCACCCUGGGAGCUCUAGUGUCAUCUCACAAGUAAGGGAGGAAUGGACUCCUUGUGAUGCUGUUUUGAAGUUGAUUAAUGAACCGAUGAACUGUAAAGACAAGUUCAUUUGUAAGCAAGCGGACCAGCUGUGAAGACACGUCUUUGUGCUGAAUCGUUACCUGAGAUACUCACAUGUAACUCAAAUUAUAUUCAUUGAUAUCACGUCCGUUUGGAUAUAAAAUCCUGUAACCCAGGUACAUGGAAUAUAUUACACUUACAUGUUCCAAUAUCUUUCUCUUCCACCUACAGGAGCUGGUGACCUUUGCUAAGUUUGUGCUGAACCGUUUCUUUGCCCUGGCGGCUAAAAACAACAAGGCCUUUGUAGAGCUGCUCUUCUGGAAGAAUGUGGGCGCUGUACGCGAGAUGACCGAGGGAUACAGCAAGCCUGGAGAAGGGUGUGUGUAUGUGCCUGGGUGUCAAUUAAAUAAGUGUGUGUGUGCUCAUAUAUUAAACGCUUUUUAAGGUUUCCAUUUUUAAAAGUAAUUUAUUGUUCUCAUGUUCGUCUCAGAGAGGGUUCCAAGAAGAAAGUAAAAUGGACGCCAGAGGAAGAGGAUGAGCUGCGAACACUCUACGAGGAGCACCGCGACUCUGAAGGUAAACAGAGGACAUCACUCCUCUUCAUUUCCUGUCCUUUUAUCACCAAUCCUUUCAUCUAACUGCAGUUUUAUGGCGUAACCAUCCCAUACAUAUGUUCAUGAAUGCUUGUCCCAUAUUGUCUCUGAACUUUUGACUCUUGCUCUAAUACAGUGCCAGACAUUGUUGAGACUCUGCUGCCGUUGCUUAGCAACACCACCCAUACUCGUCGGCAGGUGGUGGCCCAGUUGGUGGCGAUGGGACUGGUGGACAGUGUAAAAGACCUGAAGAAACAGAGGUCUGUCUGGGGGGGCUUCAUGUCUAGGCUACAUCCUGACACCUGAAAGCUUUUACUAUAGAGAUCCUAUUCAAUAUUAAUGUCUGUGAAUGUAACAUACUGUUUACAUGUCAGUGCUAGUUAGAGUAUGGAAAGGACAAAGCCUGACCUAUAGCCUCUGAUCUGACAUCCCUGAAGGAAAGGAACUCGUAUUGUUCUGUGGACAGAGGAGCAGGAAGAAGAGCUACAGAUGCUGUUUGAGGAGUUCAGAGACUCAGAUGGUAUGUUCUGAAGGUGCCCUUGAUUCCCAUGCUAUAACCAUGUUACCGUGGUGAUAACGGUUGCAGUAUUUUUUGUCUCCGUGGAGAUAAUGGUUGCAGACCUGUGUUGGAAAGCUUUCAAAGUUUGCUGUUUUGUGACCAUUCUAUUGAUUACAGUUCAAUCAAGCCCAGCUAAAGUAUUUUGAAUUCAGAUAGCAUUUGAACCCAGUUCUGAGUGGUUGUUACAUUUCCGUAGAUGUGCUGGGGAACAUCCUGAAGAAGGUGACGGCUAAACGUUCCCGUGCCCGCCUGGUGGAGAAGUUGCUCAGCAUGGGCCUGGUCUCCGACCGACGGGAACUCCACAAGAAGAGACGCCACAACCCUAACGCUCCAGGGAAGAGCUCCGCAAUGGGAAUGGUGACGGGAAUUUAUUUCACCUUUUUUUGUCUCUUAUUGUAAUACUGGCUGUCCAGUAUUAUAGAAUAGGUUGGCAAUCUAGAAAUGUCAUAAAACUAACACCGCUAUUAUGACUGAAGAAAGUAUUUGUGUGUAAUCUGUUAGACUGAAGAAGAGUUCCUGGCUGACCUCACUGGCGGUCUAACAGAAGAGCACAUGGAUGGAGAUGACGAGGAGGAGGAGGAGGAGGAAGAAGAAGAGGAGGAAGAGGAGAGCGAGGGGGAGGAGCGGGAGAGGCAGGCUCCGGCAGCCAGAGGGAGGAAAAGCAGGGUGGCAGAGCGAGAGAGCAUGGUUGAGAAGAAUGCCAGCCUGAGGACCAUGGUGUACACUCUACAGCUGGAAGGUGAGAGCAGAGCAUUCAUGUUCACAGUACGUUUUCAAUACAGACUACCACUUCUGUGUAUCUGUAUAGUAAUAUGUUAUUUUAAUUUUAACAUCACACAAGCCAAUCAAAGAAGAUUUCAUAUGGGAAAGAAGGCCACAUAACAGUUGGUGUUGGUCAACAGUUGAUAAAUGGUCCCUCAAGCUGUACUUUGUAACAGGUAUGUCAGGACCCCUGUUGUGGCUACAGAACUGCCUGAACAGAACGGCAGAUGACCGUGAGGAAGAAGGUGAGUGGAAAUCCAAAAAUGUGAUCUAAAAAAUAUUGGGGAAAACAACGCACUAGUGAGCAUUUGUAUGUGUUCCUUUAUCAUUGUGAAUUGCUGCGUCUUUGAAGUGUGGUUGAGGACAUUUGUGAUUUAUUGUGGUAGUUAAUGUUCUAUUUUUGCCAUCAGGCUUGUCUCAGCCUGUACCGCUUGUCCCUCUGACGGAGGAGAACGAGGAUGCCAUGGAGAAAAAGAGCUUUCAAAGGUUACUACGGAAAAUUGGGGUCCGAGCACCAGCUAAUGAGCAGGUGGGUUUUAGAAGGGAACUCUGUUAUUUGUUGUUAAUUGUCCUACCCACAUGGUAGGAAUAAGCCUAAACUUAUUUACUUACUAAAGGUGUUAAUAAUGCAAGAUUCAGCUGAUAUGAGGCACUCAAACUUAGGAAAAGUUGCAUUUAUAAAAGGCAGUGAAGUGAUGCGUUUUUCAAUACUUCAACAUGCUUUCCCAUAGACUACUGUAUAGGUAAUUUGUUUCCUCUGUGUGUCUGGUGCUCGAUUAGGAGUCGUUCUGGAGGAUCCCAGCCCAGAUGAGACCGUCCCAGCUGAGGGGAGCGGCGGAGGCCCUGAGCCCCAGUCAGGAUGCCCCAGCGGCGGGGGCAGAGGAGUCAGAGCGGCCAGCCCCAGGGAGCCCCAUCCAGGAGCAGCAGCAGGGGGAGGCAGACUCUCACGAGCAGAGAGCCCAGGCCCUCCGAGCCCUGCUGUUGGCCCGCAAGAGGAAACAGCCCUCUGCCUCAGCAGAACACACAGGUCAGCAGAUUAGACAUUGGAUGCGUCUGAAAUGGCACCCUAUUCACUAUAUGGUGCACUACUUUUGACCAGAACCCUAUGGGCCCUGGUCCAAAAUAGUGCACUAUAUAUUAGCCAUUAUAUCAUACUCCGUUUAUAACUCUUGUAACUGAGGAACUGUGGAGGUCUCGUAGAAUUGAUCCAAGGUUGUUGCUUUGUUAACCAUAACUUUAUUAAGAGGGGAGGUAAUAUUUCCAUCAAACUCUUUAUAAAUGUCAAAGUUUUAUACUGAUGCUAUUUUAUUAUAUGCCAUUUCUGUCUUUCUUUUCACAGAUUUCACACCUGUUGAGGAUAUAGAUUCAGACAGUGCACCUCAGAGGUGAGACAGUUCUCUGUUCUGUACAUAGUGUAUCUAUUAUGUAAUAGCAUAGCUCUGCCUGUUCUGUUCUGACUUUUCUCUUCUCCUUUACCAUCACAGAUCUUCAGAGAAGAAGACCUCCACCAAGAGAAGCCGAGUGGUGUUGGACAGCGAUGAGGAUGGAGGUACUGUGCUUUUGUCUAUUCAUAAUCUAGUCAUGUUAGUUUUACCCACAAACUAGAAAUGAUAGCCUGGAUGCCAGUCUGUUUAGGCAAUGGCGGCUGUUUGUUAUAAAGAAACGGACUGGCAUCCAGGCUAAAAAAUGAUUAGUACGACAUUUCAACAUGGGGCUGUUUUGCUAACACUGCCAUCUCCUCUCCUGACAGAGGAGGACUCCCUCACUAUGGACCUGGGGGCAGACGGGGACGCUGACUCAGACAGGGAGGAGGCUCACUCUGCCCCUGCCAAGCGCAGACGACAGAGGGUCCUGAGUGAUGAAGAUGAUUAG